ACAAGCUGGCUUGUUCUGUCUGGUAACCACCGCACUCUUUCCAGACCAGGACACGUCCUCGCGGCUGACCGGAACCACAGUCUGCUUCAGUCUCAGUCGGCGGAGACCUCCUUCCCCAUGCCUGAGAGCUCAGAGCUGUACUUUAACGUAGACCAUGGCUACCUGGAGGGCCUGGUGCGAGGGUGCAAAGCCAGCCUCCUGACCCAGCAGGACUAUGUCAACCUGGUCCAGUGUGAGAACCUGGAAGAUCUGAAAAUCCACCUCCAGACCACGGAUUAUGGCAACUUCUUGGCAGACCAAGCAGGUCCCCUCACUGUUUCCAUCAUUGAUACCAAGAUGAGGGCAAAGCUAUGCGGAGAAUUUGAAUAUUUUCGGAAUCAUUCCCUGGAGCCCCUUAGCACAUUUUUCACCUACAUGACGUGCAGUUACAUGAUAGACAAUGUGAUCCUACUGAUGAAUGGUACAUUGCAAAGAAAACCUGUGAAGGAUAUUUUGGCUAAGUGCCACCCAUUGGGCAGUUUCAUGGAAAUGGAAGCAGUCAACAUUGCAGAAACCGCUUCAGAUCUCUUCAAUGCUGUUUUGCUGGAAACGCCACUAGCUCCGUUCUUUCAAGGCUGCCUGUCUGAAAAUACUCUGGAUGAACUAAAUAUCGAAUUGCUGCGCAAUAAACUGUACAAGUCUUAUCUUGAAGCAUUCUAUAAAUUCUGUAAGAACCAUGGUGAUGUCACAGCAGAAACUAUGUGCCCAAUUCUUGAGUUUGAGGCUGACAGACGUGCCUUCAUCAUCACUCUCAACUCCUUUGGCACUGACUUGACCAAGGAUGACCGGGAGUCCCUGUACCCAACCUGUGGCAAGCUCUAUCCUGAGGGUCUGCACCUGCUGGCUCAAGCCGAAGACUUUGAACAGAUGAAGAGAGUCGCGGAUCAUUAUGGAGUAUACAAGCCUUUGUUCGACGCUGUAGGUGAUGGCAAUGGGGGAAAGACGUUGGAGGAUGUGUUUUAUGAGCAUGAGGUCCAAAUGAAUGUGCUGGCUUUCAACAGGCAGUUCCACUACGGCGUGUUUUAUGCAUACAUCAAGCUGAGGGAACAGGAAAUGAGGAAUAUCGUAUGGAUAGCUGAAUGCAUUUCACAGAGACAUCGAACUAAAAUCAACAAUUACAUUCCAAUUUUAUAGGCCAAAGGCGAGCCUCAAAUGCAGAAAAUCUUAAAUGGUAAAAGGAAGUUAUAGAGGAAAAUAAAAGAAAUGUGUUACAUUGUUUAGGAUACCCACAAAUAAACCAUGCUGUGCCCACAUAAAUUGUAGAAUCACUGGAAAUACAAAGAACCAACUGGGAAACAAAUUAUUUCUUUUUUUCUAACAGCCUUAAAUCUUGUGUCCACAUUUAUGUCUCAUGGUUCACUGGCCCUGAGACUUUCAUUUCUCGCUUAACCUUAUCUUUUUCUUAUUCUUGUUGGGUUGUAUUAAAAAUUAAGACUAAUAGAAGCAUUUUACUCUUGAUUUUUCUAUGCAGUUCUGCCAGCUCAAAUGUUGAAUGAUUAUUUUACUUUUUAUCUGUUAUUUCCUAGGUUCAAAAAGUUAAGCACUAUAUAGUAGCUAACAUGAACCACAUGUUGUAUCAAAUAGUGUAGUUUUUUUUCCCCAACCUAAUAGUUUGUCUUGCAAAGCUUGGGAAAGCUACACAAUUCUAAAUGAUGUGCUCUUGACGUAAGCAGUGUUCAAUUUGUUAUACAGGCUCCCACUUGUAGUUUUCCAUAACUUUAAAUAAAAGGUAUCACUCUC